GAUUGACAGAUAAAUUCAAAAACAUAACAAAAAAUAACUAAACAUAAAUUAAAUACCUAAAGUUUAUGAUAAUAAUUAAGGAUUUAGGAAAUUACAGUUCAAACAUAUUUUUUACACGUGUCAUUUAAUCAUCUAAAGAUGAGUUUGAUGAAAUCCACUGUCUGCCCCUUCGAAAAGCAGGAAAUUGGGUGCAAAAUCUGCGAUGGCACGAGCGGUGCCAUGGAGUCGAUCUUUUGCGCUACCGACAACAGCCGCCUGCUGGACAAAAUCUUUAAAUGUACAAAUGUACGGGUGGUUCCCGUAUGUGGGAUAAUUUCACCGGUUUGCGAGUUUUGCCACGAUCGCAUUAAUCAGUUUGAUGAGAGUUUUAAGCCCCGGUGUAGCGAGUACGUUGUGGAGAAGGUUAAGAGGAGCGUAGAGCCGGACGAUGAUCCGUUUGGGUGUUUGGAGGAUCCGAUGGCGGUUGAGGUAGAGCAUAAGGUGGUUAAGGUUGUGGAGGUUCCCAAGGUUCGGGAGGUUAAAGUUCCGACGAUCAUGGAAGAGGCCAAGGUUGGAGUUGACAAUGUUUUGGAACAGGUCGAUGAGAUCAAGAAAGAGCUGAAUAACUUGUUGGAAGCGGCUGAGGAGGAUCAAGUGGAGGAUGAUGAUUGGGACGACAAUAAGGAGGAUGGUGAGGGAAAUUCUGAAGCUGAGGAAAGGCCUAAAUCUAAAAGGGAGGUUUCCGAUAAACCAAAAAAGCUUUCCAAAUGUGAGGUUUGCGGGAAGGAGGUGGCUUAUUUGAAGGACCACAUGCGGAUUCACAAGAAGGAGAAGAAGUUCAAGUGUCCGCACUGCGAUCGCGGGUUUAGUCAGAGCAGUAACUUGGUCUAUCACGUUCGGAAGCACACCGGAGAUAAGCCAUUUGUCUGCACUUAUGAUAAAUGUGAUAAAGCAUUCAUCUGCAAAGCGCACCUGCUUUCCCAUGAGCGAUCUCACAUCGAUGAUAAGCCAUUCCAGUGCGAAGUUUGCUCAAAACGCUUCAAUCAGGCGUGUAAUUUGACCAAACAUCUUCGCGUGCACUCUGGAGCGAAACCUUACACUUGUAGCAUUUGCGGAAGAGACUUUAUGAAUCUCUCAAACAUGAAGGCUCAUGAGAAACGCCAUAAAGGAGAGCGGAACUUAUCCUGCCAGUUAUGCCCUAAAACAUUCUAUGACAAGCAUCAUCUGGAACGUCACGCCCGCGUUCAUUCCAAGCCGUCCAAAGUUUCAUGUGGCUUCUGCUCCAAAGAAUUCACAUCGGAACGAGCCGCCAAAACCCACGAGCUCAAGCACGCGGAACAGCUGGUUUGUAAGAUUUGCUUCACCACCUUCGAAAGCGCCCGUUUGCUCAAGUUCCACAUGAAGAGCCACGACCGGAAGCAGUUCCAGUGCCUCAACUGCCCGAAAAGUUUCAUCCGGGAAGAUGUGCUCACGAAGCACAUUCAGCGCGUUCACGUGGACGGUCUGGCCAAGCCGAAUCAAACGGUGAUUCUGGUCGCUCCGGAGCGCGCCCAAGCUCAGCUGGACGCUGGCCUGGAGGAACCGUACUGCUGUCUGGUCUGUGACAAGCUGUUUAGCACGUCACAAUCGCUUAAAGUGCACUUGCGAAUCCACAUUACCGGAGCGCGUCCGUUUCCGUGCGUAAAGUGUCCACGAUCGUUCAACCAGAAGGAGCACCUGCGCGUGCACGACCGGACGAUUCACACGGGGGAGCGGCCGUUUGGUUGUACUGUUUGUGGGGAGACAUUUGUGCGGGCACAUUCGUUGAAAGAGCACAUGCUGGUUCAUGAACGUGGAUUGUCGCUGGAGGUCAGUGAGGAGGUGGAAGUUAUAACUGGGGACGUGGACGCUGAGGAGAUUGGAGGGGAUGCGCAGUUGGUGGAGCUGGCGUCGAGUGUGGUUCCGGAGACCGGACAGGUCGUUGUUAAGUUUGAGGUGAAAUGUGCGAAAUGAGGGAAUUAUAAAUGU